GCCUUGUGUUCCCACAGCCGCCGCACCAGGAGGCCCGGCACCGCCUCAGCUCCCCUCGGCUGCGGCUCCACGCUUCGCACUGCCCCGUGCAAGGCGGCACCGCCUGUGGCCGGGGGGAUGACCAGUUGUCAGCCUCUCCGCAGCGAGCAGAUGGCGGGGCGGGUCAAGCUGACAAUCCCCUUAAUCCCAUCAGGGCCCAGCCGAGACAGGACGGGUCAUGGCGGGCACCAGGGUGCGCGGCCUCCUGCACUCAUUCCCGAGCCAGCUGUGCUGUGGCUGCGGCCAUGGCAGAGGGCUGCGCGCCUCCACAGGCACCCGCAUCCUCUACACCCUCCUGCACGUCCUGGCCUCUGCCGUGUGCUGCCUCAUGCUGUCCCGCACUGUGGCUCAGGCUGUCAAGGAGAAGGUGAGCAGAGGAGCAGCAGGGGAUGCGGGCCGCUGGGGCCGCUCGGGGGGUCGAUGGGUGUGCUGGAGGUGCUGCCACACCCCCCAUGCCAACCCCUUGCUGCUGUGCCCACAGAUGCCGUUCUCAGGGGUCCUGUGCCAACACCUGCCCGGCGGCACGGACUGCACGCAGCUCGUGGGCUCCUCGGCCGUCUAUCGCGUCUGCUUCGGCACCGCCUGCUUCCACCUGGCACAGGCUGCCCUGCUCCUCAAUGUGCGCUCCAGCGCUGACUGCCGCGCUCGGCUCCACAACGGGUUCUGGUUCCUGAAGCUGCUAGUGCUGGUGGGGCUCUGCGCCGCCAGCUUCUUCCUCCCUGAGGAGAGCUUCAUCCAAGCGUGGCACUAUACAGGUGUUUGCGGUGGCUUUGCUUUCAUUCUCAUCCAGCUGGUGCUGAUCACUGCCUUUGCACACACCUGGAAUAAGAACUGGCUGACGGGCGCAGCACAGGACAAGCGCUGGUACCUGGCUGUGCUGCUGGCCACCACUGCCUUCUACACCCUCGCCUCCGCUGCCUUCUCCUUCCUCUACAAGUACUACACCCACCCAGCCGCCUGCCGGCUCAACAAGGCACUGCUCACUGUCAACGGCAGCCUCUGCAGCAUCAUGUCCUUCAUCUCCAUCACACCCUGCGUGCGGCUCAAGCAGCCGCAGUCAGGGCUGCUACAGUCCUCAAUCAUCAGCUGCUACGUGAUGUACCUCACUUUCUCUGCAUUGUCCAGCCGUCCCCCAGAGAGAGUGCUCUACAAGGGGCAGAACCUCACCGUCUGCUUCCCGGGCAUCCAGCAAGAUGAACUGCAAACAGAGGACACCACGGUCGCCAUCCUGGGGGCUGCCAUCAUGUACGCCUGCGUGCUCUUCGCAUGUAAUGAAGCCUCCUAUCUUGCUGAGGUCUUUGGGCCCCUCUGGAUGGUCAAAGUCUACAGCUUUGAGUUUAAAAAACCCUCUUGCUGCUUCUGCUGCCCAGAGAAGAUGGAGGAGGAGCUGAGAGGUGCUGCUCAGGAACAGACAUGUGAGCAAGAGGAGGAGCCUGCUGGAGGACAGUGUGUUUUCCAGGAUGAGCGAGACCAUGUGGUCUACAGCUACUCAGCCUUCCAUUUUGUCUUCUUCCUCGCCUCGCUUUAUGUCAUGAUGACGCUCACCAACUGGUUCAGCUACGAGACCGCAGUGCUGGAGACCACCUUCACACAUGGCAGCUGGUCGACGUUCUGGGUGAAGGUGGCCUCGUGCUGGGCCUGCGUCCUGCUCUACCUGUGGCUGCUGCUGAGCCCUCUCUGCCUCCGUGGCUCCCCACAGCAUCGGCGGAACAGCCCAGCCCUGCGCAUCGUGCGGCGGCGACGCGCCCCACACCGCAUCAGUGUCUCCACGUAGUCACUGCUGGGAGGGACUGUGCUUGGCCCUGUGCUUGGCCCUUGCCGUGCCGUGUGCCUGGGUCUUGGCCUCACCGGUCCCCUUGACUGCUCCUCACCCCAUGGCUGAGGAAAAGAUGUCAUCUGAGCACAGGAGGAGGACCUAGGAUGUGGAAGCUCUGCUGCACCAGCUCCAGGGACACAUCCUGCACUGAGCUGGAGCCAUCGAGGGGCCAUCCCGAGCCUGCCCAGAUGGCAAGCGCUCAGCUUCUGCUGCUGCACUCCCCUCCAGCCAUGAAGGCAGCUCCUGCCCGUCUGCCACCCCUCGGUCACGGCCCAAGGCCGGCAGGGAGCAGCGCUCUGGUCUGUCUGUCAGCUCACCUACCGGCAGCGUGGGUAUUGUAAAUAGCUCCAUAAAUACGUU